AAAUUUUUCACCAAGUAAGGCAAAAUCAACUAGUGGUGAUACGUUUUCCAUUUUGAUUAUUCUCACAUCUAAUCACUAAAAUGAAUAUUGGAAAAGUAGAAUUCAGUGUCAAUAUUACUAACGAGGAGGUAGUUGCAGCUACCAAAGCAAUGCAAGAACAUAGGCUAGCACUAUCAAAUCUUGAUUUACUACUUCCCCCUGUUAGUAUUGGUGUGUUCUUUUGCUACAAAAAUCCUAUGAUUACUAUUGGCACCACCAAUAACACUAUUGUGGGGUGCUUGAAAAAUUCCUUAGCUGAAGCUCUUGUUUCUUACUACGUAUUUGCUGGUGAAAUGGUUACUAACUCCAUGGGUGAACCUGAGCUACUUUGCAAUAACCGUGGUGUGGAUUUUGUUGAAGCUGUUGCUGAUGUUGAGUUGCAAUCUCUCGAUUUGUAUAAGCCAGAGGAAACCAUUGAAGGGAAGCUUGUUCCAAAGAAGAAAUAUGGUGUACUUGCUGUUCAGGCAACUUGGAUGAAAUGUGGUGGGUUAGUAGUGGCGUGCAAUUUUGACCAUCGAAUAGCCGACGCCUAUUCUGCAAACAUGUUUCUUGUAUCAUGGGCCGAGAUAGCCCGAUCGAGCAAUAACAAGUCUUUGAUCCCAACAACACAACCUUGUUUUCAAAGGUCCCUUCUGACCCCAAGACACCCACCUUCCAUCCAUCCUUCACUCUAUGACAUGUACAUCCCCAUCUCGGAUCUACCUCCACCACCUGAAUCCAAGCCCGAAUUAGAUAUUAAAACCAACCCACUAAUAAGUCGCAUGUACUACGUAACAAGCGAAGAACUCAACACCAUGCAGUUACUAGCCAACACAAAUAAUAGUGGAAGCGUUAAGCGCUCAAAACUUGAAUCGUUUUCUGCUUUCUUGUGGAAAAUGGUUGCAUCAGCCGCUUCAACCAAUAGUGAAAAUGUUGUUGCAAAAAUGGGGAUUGUGGUUGACGGAAGAAAGAGAUUAAGCAACGGUGACAAAAACAAAGAAGAGUUUAUGAGUUCGUAUUUUGGGAAUGUGCUUUCAACUCCCUAUAGUUGUAGAUUAAUAGAAGAACUUGUUGAAAAGUCGUUAUGUUGGGUGACAGAGCAAGUUCAUGAGUUUGUGGAGGUUGCGGACACGGAAGAACAUUUCUUGGGACUAAUUGAUUGGGUGGAAGAGCAUCGACCGGUUCCGGGAUUGGCAAGGAUUUAUUGCGGAGUAACUGGUGGAGCAGAUGGACCGACAUUUGUGGUGUCUUCUGGGCAAAGGUUUUCAGAGUCGAAGGUAGAUUUCGGAUGGGGGAAGCCCGUGGUUGGAUCUUAUCAUAUUCCUUGUGGUGGUGAUGCGGGCUACGUUAUGCCAAUGCCUAGUCCUAAAAGGAAUGGUGAUUGGUUGCUCUACAUGAAUCUUCCUAAGGAAUACUUGCAUUUCAUGGUGGCUGAAGCUCCCCAUUUCUUUAGACCAAUCUCAUGGGAUUAUCUUCUCAAUUAAAGUUUUUUAUUACUCAAUUCAUUUGGUUGCUGUAUACUCAAAAAUUUAAAGGCCUAAAGUCCUAGUUUAGGCUGGUCCUAAAGGAGCGUGCCCGAAUCUAACUAGGAACAAUAAAUCCGAUGAGUUUCCUAACCACACAAAGACCAAAAAGGGUGAUAGAAGCUUGAAUAAAAGCCAUGAAGUCCACGGCACUUAUCCGACUUCAUAGACAAAAAUGACAUCUUUGAAUUUCUAGAUAUGGACAUAUAUAUGAUCACUAAGCUUGAUAACUACUUCUUUAGAGGGUGAAUUUUUCAUUAUUUAA